AUGUCUGCAUCCGCAGAGCACUCUGGCGACAAGCCACACAGGAACGGCGGGCGGUCGCUCGUCAGCAUAUUGGAUGAGAAGAAUGGCGACUCCGACGUAGAAGAUAGACAAGAGGCAGAUGAUGAGGAAGAGGAGAAGGAGCGUGAGGUGCCUGCUGGGUUGUGCGUAGAAUGCGAGGAUCAACCUGCCGAAAUACACUGUGACACCUGCGAAGACAACUUCUGCGACGUAUGCUUCCACGCUCAGCAUCGCAAAGGAUCCCGCAAGCGCCAUGCCACCACGCCUUUGGCCGAGAAUCCUCGCAAGAGGCAGCAAAUAGCCAAGCCCAAAACAGAGGCGAACGGCGCAGACGCAGAUGAGGAUAUGGAGGACGCCGAGCUCGAUGAUGAACUCGAAAAGCUCGUCACCGGCGCACCUGCCACUUCCGUAGCCGCCAACUCCCAGCCCGCACUUGGCGAGGCACCCGGCGAAUGGUUCGUAGAUCGUGCGAAGUACACACCCGUACGCCUUACGCUCGGCGAGCGCAAGAUGCUACGCCUACUAGAUGCCGCCCUACAAGUUUCUGAGUACACCGACAAGAUCGACACGAUUGGUUAUGGACUCAGUAAAGCGAAGCGCAUUGUACAUCAAAUCCGCGAGCUGUGCUCUAUCCUGUCCGGGCUCAUGCUCGCCGCCGACUACAAGAAGGGUCAGGAACUAUUCGAGGACCGCGACUUUGCGGCGAAUGAGAGCUUCUUCCAGCGCCUCUUUGAGAUUGGACGGCGUCAUAAGAUUCAGAACCCCGAUAAAAUGAGGACUACAUACGGGAAGCUCAUGUACCUCCUUCAGGACAGCCAAACGCCCGAGGUCAAGGACCUUCUCGGCUUCUCCUGCGUCAUCCCCAUCAAAACCGUUUACGCCGUCCUCGAGGAACAUAACGCCGUGGACAUGCUCCGCGACCCACUUAUGACGGCCGCAACGCAGGAGAUCGGCGCUGAGAAGCGUAGUAGGCGCGAGAUCCAGAAAGACAUCAAGGCGAAAGAACGCGCUAUCGAGUUGCUGUCCUCACGAUAUACCCGUGGCGGCCUCGAGCAGGAGGACGUCCGCCAAUUACUCUACUCCAUAGGCGACAACCAUGCGUUCUUGCGCGUAAAUCGCGACCCUUGCGAGAAGAUGAUCGGAUACUUGAAAGAGUACUUCUCACCUAAUACGCCGAAAGACAAGAAGGGCCGGGAUAGUCUCGCGAUCAAGAGCGGCAAGGGCGGCGCACGCCUCAGCCACGACCAUUCUAAGCAGUACAUCUUCGUGCUGCAGAGUUUGACGCUGUGGCGCGAGGUCCUGCACGACCUCUUCCACCUAUGGUCGCUCGGCGAGCAGGACCUGUUGAUGGAGGGCAAUUACUACCGCCUGCGUGACACAGGUCAGGGCCUCAACCGUGUCCAAAACGCGCCGAAAACGUCGCGCAUGAUGCACUCCAUCCUCGGACGCGCGCAGAAGACGCUCGGAGGGUGGGUCGGCUCGUCCGUCAUCCACAUGGGCGACCAUAACGUGCCGAACGCGUUCAUGUUCAUCGACAAGUACUCACAGAUCUACCGCAUUCUCCUCCCUAUCACCACCACGUUAUCAAAGCUUCCCGACCUUUACGCUCAGCACGCUCUUCGUAGCUACAUCGACAGCGAGUACGGCUCGCUCGAUAACCUCUACCUGGAGAUCCUUGGCGACUUCUUCCGACACGCGUUUGACGGGUCGGGCGCGGACAACUUCUUUGACGCGGGCUCUUGCAUCGACGGUCGGCUGACCAGCGCGUGGAAUUGGUGUUCGACGCUUGAGAAGAAGCGCUACUUCCACAUCUUCUUGCUUACCGGCUUUGUGGGCUUCGACGGAGAGUGGUAG